AUGGGAAGCAUCACGCGCUAUGGCCGUUGGCUGCGAGAUUCGCUGAGCACGGAGCCCUCCGCUGACCAGGACACCGUCGAAGAGCUCCGUGCAUGCAUCGAGUCGACCUUUUCGCACAGGAACUUUCCUGAAGAGUCCGAAUCCUGCCUGCGACUGCGGAAGCAGCGGUGGCUCGAGCUACUUCGGAAGUUCCAAAAGUAUGGCCACUUUUCCACCGGCAACCGCGUGACGGUCCUGGAGGGCGGAGAUGAGUGCUUCCGAGCGAUGCUCCAGGUCAUAGCGAUGGCGCAGACACGCGUUUGGUGUGAGAGCUACAUCUUUGACAACAGCCAUGUCGCCGAGACCUUCUUCACCGCACUGCGCGAUGCCGCUCUCCGAGGGCUGGAUGUUGUGCUACUGGUGGACUACAUCGGAUCCUUCUCUUUGCGGAACGAUUGGGUUCGGGAGCUUCGGAGCGUCGGUGCGGACGUGGUCUUCUUCAACCCGGUUCUCCCUUCCAACUACUGCGUUGGACCCCUUUCCUUCCGGGACCACCGCAAGAUCAUGGUCUGUGACGACAUGGGCUUCUGUGGUGGGAUGAACAUACAGGAGGAGGUCGGAGAGGAGGAGUUUGGCACGAGCCGCUUCUACGAUGUGCAUUCGAAGCUCGAGGGCCCCUGUGUGGCGGACCUUGCUGAGGUCUUUCGCGAUUCACUUCAUGAAGCCGGUGGACGUGUCAUGAGGAACUCUAUCGCGCCGCCUCCAAGGAAGGAGCCCGGGGUCUACGUGCAGAUUCUGCAGUCCAAUGUGCGGCAGCGCCGCCGCACUUUGCAGAAGGUCAUUGAGAAGAGCAUCGACGCGGCCGACGAGUCGGUGCUGUUAACCACGGCCUACUUCUUCCCGCCUGGGUUUCUGAAGAAUGCGCUCCUCCGGGUCCCAGCUCGAGGAGCCCGGCUCUCGCUGCUUCUCUCCGGUUCCUCGGAUUUCUACCCGCUCCCGGGCGACCUCUUGGCACAGACCCACUUCUUGCGGAACUUCCUGCGCGACACCCCCAGCCAGCAAGUCAAAGUACACUUGUAUGGCCAUCGCCACAUGCAUGCAAAGCACAUGUGUGUGGAUGGGGUCUUUUCCACCAUUGGCUCCUUCAACUUCGACCUCUACUCCGCGCGCCGGAACCUCGAGGUCGGCGUCGCGGUCUUCGACCGCGACUUCGCCCGGAAGAUGCAGAACCUGCAUCUGAAGCGUGCCGGUGAGUCCAAGCAGACUUUCUACAGUGACUCCAUGUAUCAUCAGCCGUUGGUCCGCUGCGCCUGCGCCCUGGCCUACGGCUUGGUUCGGUUAUCCGGAAGGCCCAAGGGAAUGUCGUCGCAUUUGUCUUCAUGUUACUAG